CGCUAUCCAAGCUCCUGAAAUCGCGACACUCUCAAAUAUGAAUUCACAAAGUACGGAAAAUGUUGGCUACAGUUUGCACGAUCGCAGUCUCGGGUCCGACCCACACGUUUCAAAUCUAAAACAGAAUGUCAUCAUUAUCACUUUAGUUCACUUCUUUGGCUAAGUGAUUCAGAUUUGGGCGACAUGGCGGGUGGCAAACCCUUUCCUAUACUGACGCGCUGUUUUGGUGGCGAUGCUUUGCACUGGAAGUGUCCUGCAUCUUUCAUCUGUUCAGUCUAAUCGUUCUGUAACCUGCAAACAUCUGAGAUCUUUCCAUGGAUAGAUCCACAGUAGCCCAAAAGGUGGAGAGUGUGGAGCGUAAUGUAUCAUUCUUGCAGCAGGAACACAGGAUCCUCCUGACUGGUCUACGCUUGGAGAUACGCAGCUUGAAGAAACGAUGCAAUGAGCUGAGUUGUGAUCUGAGUGAAAAGCCACCAUUAAGAAGCAGAGAAGAUGUUGAGCUAGAGGAAGAGUUGCUGCAGGCACGAUUAUUGGAGACAGAGCAGCAUCUGGCAGAGCAAGACAGUGCACUGGUGGAGCUGCGGGCAGAGUUACGGAAAAAGGGGGCACUAGCGAGUGCACUUCAGGUUCGUCUUAGAGAUGAGGAGCGGCGGUUCCUGGAAGAACUGAAGCGCCGCAGUCAUAAGAUUACAACACUCAGUCGUGACCUCCGCAAGCAGACUGAUGUGGCUGCUCAACUUUCCUUCCAACUGCAUUCUGCACACUUUCAUCUCUACCACCAGACAGAGGACCAUGAAGAAGAGGAGGAAAAAGAGGAGGAGGAGGAAGAAGGAGCCAUGCAGGAAUCAGAUUGGACAGCAAACUCCCCAUGGGCAUCUCCAGUAGCAGCGGAAAGCACACAACAAAGCCGUGCUUCAGGAAGAAUGAGGCGAUCGGAGAGAGUGAGAGAAUGUGUGCCCCGUGAAAGGGUGCUUGGACCUGAGGAGCCUCGCCCCAUGCCUGACCCCACCCUCUUCCUUUACCCUUUUAGACAUAGGCUCCUCCCUUUGCAUAAGUCACUUGGAGGCCGCUGGCGGGAAGGUGGCCUUUCAGAGACUCGGAUAGGUAGAUUCAGGGACCGACCCCUGAGGGAGGAUAUUGGACCAGAGACUACGGAAUUAUGAGCUAAUGUCAAGGCUGGCUGUUUUGGAAAAUUUUGCAUACAAAAGACAGAUUAGCCACAUAUUCAUUUUGUAGUCUGUAAUGAGUCCAUUCUGAAAUGUUGAAUAGGGGCUUUGUGAUAACCCAGUUCUGUGAAGGGGGAUUCAUGCUAUUGCACUGAAUCUCUCCUUCAUUAAGUCUAAACAAGUAACUAUGCUUAAAAUCAAAGGCAGACACUUCGUGAAGUAAGGGAGUAUAAGCAUUCUUAAAUAUUUAAUAAAAGAGUACCUGAUAUUUUAUGUAUCACGUCCCUUUUCAAAAUUAAUCUAUGUUGUUGAAUCCAUUAUGCUCUAUAAAGAAGAGAAUUCACUUGCCAUUGAUUGAUUAUUUGUGUCAAUAAAGUAAAUUAUUGUGAUCUCAUUAGAUACACUCUGAUUGACAAGGGAGGGCAGGUGGGGUAAACAGGUUUAUCAUAUUGCUUUUUUGUUUUCUCUGUAGCUGACAGUAAAGAGCUAUAUGUUGAACUGAAGAUGGGGAUAUUAAGUGUAAUUCUUCAAAUUUGGUUUAUUUUUUCCAUAAUGUUGUAGGGAAAUACACUUUUAAUUGUAUUUAAAUAAACGUUCUUAAAAUCGAAUUGAAAAUAUCUAUAAUAUUGGCAUAUCAUACAGCAUUAAUAUUGUACGAUUAUGUUUGCCUAUAUUAUCGAGCUAAGCAUCCAAAGUGUGCAAACAAAGUUCUUUGAAGUCUUUAUUUUGAUUCGUAUAAGUAAAAAUUGAUUCUUCAAAAUUAUAAUAUUACUUAUUCUGGUAACACUUAACAAUCAGGUUCCAUUCUGUACAGUCAGUCAGUUGCUAUUGCAAAACCCUGACAAGACAGGGUCUUGUCUCACCCUGAAAGGGUUUAUUUUACUAUAAGAACCGGCUGACUGUACAUAAUCCUGUUUAUUACACAGCUACUAACCUAAUAAAUAAAUACAUAGACAUAAAAUAUUGAUUUGCAUUGAAAUUAUGUAAGAAAAAAAUAAAUCGCUGAACCGCUGAAAUCCACCUCCGGUUUGCGUCGAAGUUCUGUUGGUGUUUAUUUAUUCUGAUUGCUCAUUAUACAUCUUAUUACAAGACUACAUGCCAAAUAAAUAAAUGCAUAUGAAAUA